AUGCGCAAGAGUUACGAGGCAGCGGAGAGUGCACGGGAGCGUGAACAGCGCCGCCAGGCCUCCUACUACAACCGAAAAGUGAAGAACCGGCGUGCAUUUAAGCCAGGCGAUCGGACAUCGCGGCGCAACUGGAGUAUGAAAAUUCGGGCGAGUCACGUGAAGAUGUCCAGGCAGCAAGACCGACUGCUGGAUCAGCGAAGGUGCCUGUUCAAACAGCAGCGGGAGGAAGAGUGGACAAACGCAAGGCAAGGACGAUGGACCGUGACGAGGCGUUGCGAGUCACGUGUGGCGCAAUGGUGGAGGUCCGAAGAAGACGACGUUAAAACAAGACCGGGUGUUAUGUUCUCGAAUACGAGUUGCGACCAGUGCGGCGAGGGGAGUGUGCCACAGGAGCCCCUAAGAGCGCGUGGGUCUCCGGAGCAGUGUUCGACGAAUUGUACGCGGCCGACAGAGUCGUGGAAGACUCUGUGGUGGAAGAAGGCGUGUAAUGGAUCGAGCAGUCGAGUGGACCACAUGGCUGCAAGCACAGGACCUGACACGUGUGUGGCGGAAGACGCACUUUGGAGACGGAAGAGGGAACGAGGACCGGCAGACGAAGGCCGUCCGAGUCACCGAAACGGAAGAGCGAGCGAGCAGGGAGGGGCGGAGGCCGACCAGCUAGCGAGCAAACUACAGCCAGCGGAGCACGUGCCGACCGUGCGGGCAGCGCCGACGAUAGGAGGGCGUAACAAGGGGCUGAGAGGCACCUGA